AUGGCGGAGUACAAGUUGGCAGUUGACUCCAGCAAGAAGGCCACAGAGCUGCCGCUACUGAGAGUCUGUGGCACUGUGCAGCAGAAUCCUCACAUGCGCGCGUUCUGGGCUAGCACAAUAUCUUUCUUCCUUGCCUUCCUGGGCUGGUUUGCCUUGGCGCCUUUGGGCCUCGAAGUUGCGACCAGCAUGGGGACAUGCGAGAACCAGCUCUUCCCUCCCACAGACUUCCCAACACGACCAGCCUACUUGAAGUUCAAGAACUUGAAGAGUGGGCUGAGCUAUUGCCAGUAUGGGGUCCUCAAGGAGGACGGCAAGCCGAUCGAUUGCAAAGAUGUCCCCGCCGAUGUGGCAACCGCUGAGCAGAAGGAGAAGUACAGGCCCCAGGUGCUCGCAAAGUGCGUGUGCACCCCAGGCACGGAGUGCAAGUCGGUGAUUGCGAACGCGGGCGUGGCCUCGGUCGCCUCGACCAUCUUCGUGAGGGUAGCGUUGGGGACGCUCCUGGAGCGCUUUGGCCCCGUGAACGUUCAGUGUGGCUUGAUGUCCUUCGGAGCCUUCUGGGUGGCCAUGGCAGCCGCGAUUACGGCUCCCUGGAACUACACGCUGAUCCGCUUCUUCAUAGGCUGCGCUGGCGCCACUUUCGUGACCAAUCAGUUCUGGUGCUCGCUUAUGUUUGCCCCCAAUGUUGUUGGCACGGCCAACGCCACUGCGGCCGGUUGGGGCAACCUUGGAGGCGGCGUGACCCAGAUUUUUAUGAUGUCAGUACUUUUCAACCCUAUGGUCGCCUCCGGGCUGGAGCCGAAUGUCGCUUGGCGUGUCUCCAUGGUGGUGCCAGCGGUCAUGUUCGUGCUUUGCGCCAUCUGUAUGAAGCUCUUGUGCUGGGAUAUGCCUACGGCACGCAACUACGAUCCGACCGUGACCGGCAAGACACAGAAACCUUCGAUGUGGGACUACGUCGAGGUGCUGCGCGACCUUCGCGUCGUGGUCAUGAUCUUCCAAUAUUCCGCGUGUUUCGGCACAGAACUCGCAAUGAACAAUCAGUUGGCUACGCAUUUUCGGACGUACUUCCAGAUGGAUGCAGGUGAUGCCAGCGCCCUGGCGGGUGCUUUCGGCUUGAUGAACCUCUUCGCAAGAUCUCUGGGAGGCAUCAGCAGCGAUAUUUGCUUCAAGUAUUUCGGCUUCCGCGGCCGCAUUUGGGCUCAGUUCCUGGCACUCUUCUUCGAAGCUAUCUUCCUGUUCAGCUUCGGAAAGGUGGACAAUUCGCAGCCUUGGUACGUGGCCUUGGCAGUCUUGGUUUGCUUCUCGCUCUUUGUGCAGAUGGCUGAGGGCACCUCCUACGGCAUCGUGCCCUUCAUGAACAGGAAGCAGCUCGCAGUGGUGUCCGCGCUCGUGGGUGCCGGUGGAAACCUCGGGGCAGUGAUUGCAGGCUUCUGCUUCUACAAGCCGAUCCAGGAUGCCCUGCUGCCUUUCCAGGUCCAUGCGGGCUAUGUGAUGUUUUGGGCGCUGCUGAGCCCCUGCUACUACUGGUCCGAGAUGGGUGGAAUGUUCCACGGACCNNGCGGGCAUGUGGAGAUUCUGCACCAUUUGUCUUUCGGCAAGCCGGGCAAGACCAGCGGCGACUACGGAGAGUCCGAGGUGAACCUUUAUGCUAAUUCGAUUGCUCGCUCCGAGCCUCAGAAGCACCACCGGGACAUCAACUUCCCGGGCCCCGCUGCACAGGUGACCGCGCAGGUUGCCCUGACGCAGCUGCACGCAAACAACGGGCC